AUUCGGAACUCUACCUUCCACUCCUGAGGAACUGUGGCACGACUAAGGCGGUCUUCAACUGAUACCUCCUCCUUUCCCUGACCACAGGGUCGAAGAGACGACAUCUGACGUCGACGCCUGUCUCCCUCAUACGCCGUGCAACGCAGAUUUCAACGUGUGCAUCACGUGACCGUCCCUGACGUGCCUCCACGCAGACAUCCACCGUCUUCACCAUAUCUCUCCCCACGCUCGACGAAGCCACCACCCUGGAAACUCUGCAAGUGUGAUGGCGGACGCAGAGACUUCCUUUCGAUCGCAGCUAUCUGGAUUCCGGUGGGCGCAAGGAUCGACGGACGAUUCACGAGGCAGUGGCACGGGCGGGGCGGGCAGCUACCUAUCGACGCUCUCCAGUAGUCUCAGCGGCUACGUACCCCUGCGGAGCGCCCAGAGGAGCAAUGAAGAAGAGGCCUACCUGAGUCUAAGCAGAUGGGAGAGGUUCCUAGGCUUUGUUGCCUGCAUCAUGGGAUCCAUGGUCUGCUUCGCAUUCUCCUUCCUCUUUCUCUCACCGCCAAUUCUGGCACUGAGACCGCACAAAUUCGCCCUCGCCUUUUCCCUUGGCAGCCUGCUCUUUAUGAUUGGCUUCUCAAUUCUGUCAGGACCGCUUGCGCAUCUCAAGCAUAUUCUUUCCAAGGAGCGAUUACCAUUUUCCAUCGCCUACUUUGGCUCUUUGGGCCUUACCAUGUACUUUGCCCUCGGUCCGCGCUGGAUGCUACCGUCGUUGAUUUCCGCUGUCGUCCAGAUAAUUGCUCUCGUAGCUUACCUUGCUGCGUAUUUCCCAGGAGGCACUACGACGCUCCGAUAUGGCGGCAGCAUGAUUCUUCGAGGCGGGGCCAGCCUCUUACCGAUUUGAAAAGAAACAAAAGUUAUUUGCCCGGAAUGAAAAUCAUUGUCCUUCGUCGAGGCGGAAAACAGAGGUCAUCUUCAU